UCCUAACUCGCUCCAUGUUAGACUGAAGUGUGUGAAAGUACUGUUGAAGGACUCGCGUGUGUUCAGUUAUUUCAGCUCGUUAAUGGACUAACCGAGACGAGCGGGGGAAAAGCCGUGCGUAUAGCAUGAUAAGCUGAGAUCUCCUGCAGCAGAUGAGGGAAGAUGUUGGCCAUGGAUCAAGGCGUAGUGGAGGAGUGGCUGUCUGAGUUUAAGACUCUUCCAGAGACAGCCGUCUCCAGCUACGCUGCCUCUCUGAAGGACAAGGGCUCUCUGGUUCCUGCGCUCUAUAAAGUCAUUCGGGAGAAUUACAGCGACCUGCUGGAGCCGGUGUGUCAUCAGUUGUUCGAGUUUUACCGCAGCGGCGAGCCACGUUUACAGCGCUUCACUCUGCAGUUUCUGCCGGAGCUGGUGUGGAGUUACCUGUUGGUGACGGCGGCGCGAGAUCCUCACUGCAGCGGCUGCAUCGAGGCACUUCUGCUCGGCAUCUACAACCUGGAAAUCGUUGAUAAAGACGGGCAGAGUAAAGUGUUGUCCUUCACCAUCCCUUCCUUAUCGAAGCCGUCGGUUUAUCAUGAGCCGUCUUCCAUUGGCUCUCUGGCCUUGACGGAAGGAGCCUUGGCCAAUCACGGUCUGAGUCGUGUGGUGUACAGCGGCCCCCACCUGCAGCGCGAGACCUUCACCGCGCAGAACAGGUUUGAGGUGCUGACGUUCCUGCUGCUGUGUUAUAAUGCGUCUCUGAGCUACAUGAGCAGCUCGUCUCUGCAGUCUCUGUGUCAGCUCAGCUCCAGAGUCAGUAUCUGUGGAUAUCCGCGGCAGCAGGCGCGGCGCUAUAAAGGCAUCAGCUCGAGGCUCAUGGUCACGUCAGAGUUCCUUGUGCAGCUCAUCACCGGCAUUCAUUUCGCACUUCUGACUCUUGCUCAGGUGGGAAAUGCCAUCAAGUCGUCUCUCCACGGCGCGUCUCUGAAAGCCAAUAAAGAGGGAACUCGCUCCAUCCAGGUGGAGAUCACUCCCACGGCUUCCCGCAUCUCCCGUAACGCCGUCACCAGCCUGUCCAUCCGCGGACACCGCUGGAAACGCCACGAGUCUCAGGAGGACAGUGUAGAGUCCCCUGACUCCUGCGUGACGGGGCCCAUCCCUGAGAUUAGUGUAACGGGGGUCGGCGGCGAGCGGCUUGUAGAGUCCCCUGACUCCUGCGUGACGGGGCCCAUCCCUGAGAUUAGUGUAACGGGGGUCGGCGGCGAGCGGCUGCUCAACGGAGAGGCUCUGCGCAGCAGGACGGAGGGGGAGGUGCUAGGGGGCGCCACAGAGGUGGGGGUCGACCCUAGAGGUCAAGAGGUCAGGAGGCAGAAGUCUGUGCGGAGGCACCUAGAGGACGGGACGCCCUCCGCGGGGCGGGUUCAGUUCUAG